GUGGGGGGCCGGUUGCCAGGGCCCGGUUGCCAGGCGCCGGGCAAGAGGGGGCAAGCGGGGGAAGGUCGGGGCAUCCGAGCCUUGCGAGCGGACGGCUGCGGGUCCGUCGGCCUCCACGGGCCGCCCCGCGGGGAUCGGCGGCGAGGAGAAGCUCGAAGGGAGGCGGCGGAGCUGCGGAUGGUGGCGGGGGAGCGGCCGUGCUAGGACGCGGCGGGGGUCGAGCCCCGAGCCGGGCGCGGAGCCUGGCGGCCGGCGGGAGAUGGCAGCGGCCGUCGUCACCAAGACGGCCUGGAAGCUGCAAGAGAUCGUGGCUCACAGCAGCAACGUGUCCUCAUUGGUGCUGGGGAAGAAAUCGGGCCGGCUGCUGGCGACCGGAGGAGAUGACUGUCGGGUCAACGUGUGGUCAGUUAACAAGCCCAACUGUGUCAUGAGCUUGUCAGGCCACACAACACCCAUUGAGAGCCUACAGAUCAGUGCCAAGGAGGAACUUCUUGUUGCAGGGUCCCAGUCAGGGUCCAUUCGAGUCUGGGACCUGGAAGCUGCCAAAAUUCUUCGUACACUACUUGGUCACAAAGCAAACAUCUGCAGCCUUGACUUCCAUCCUUAUGGCAGUUUCGUGGCAUCUGGCUCUCUGGAUACAGACAUUAAGCUGUGGGAUGUUCGAAGAAAAGGCUGCAUCUUCAAGUAUAAGAGUCACACACAAGCAGUGAGAUGCCUCCGAUUUAGUCCUGAUGGCAAGUGGUUAGCCUCUGCUGCUGAUGAUCACACUGUCAAGCUGUGGGAUCUGACUGCUGGAAAGGUAAUGUUCGAGUUCACAGGACAUUCUGGCCCAGUCAGUGUUGUUGAAUUCCAUCCCAGUGAAUACCUUUUGGCUUCUGGCAGCUCUGACAGGACCAUUCGUUUCUGGGACUUGGAGAAGUUUCAUGUUGUGAGCUGUAUUGAAGAGGAGGCUACUCCUGUCAGGUGUGUUCUUUUCAACCCAGAUGGCUGCUGUUUGUAUGGUGGCUACCAGGAUUCUCUGCGUGUAUACGGCUGGGAGCCAGAGCGCUGCUUUGAUGUGGUCUUAGUGAACUGGGGAAAAGUGGCUGACCUAGCUAUCUGCAACAACCAGCUGAUAGGAGUUUCCUGUGCACAGAGCACAGUCUCUUCCUUUGUUGUGGAUCUCAGCAGAGUCACAAAAUCAGGUUCAGUUCCUCAUGGGCUGCUCAGGAACGACGAGCCUCUGUCUCAGCCCACCCCCACAGGGUCCUCCCUUCGUCGCAGCUAUGACAGACCCUCAACUAGCUGCAGCAAGCCUCAGAGAGUGAAGCACAGUUCAGAGAGCGAGAGACGCAGUCCCAGCAGUGAAGAGGAGCGGGAUGAGAAGGAAUCCAAAGCUGAGAUCCAGAACCCAGAGGAUUACAAAGAGAUCUUCCAGCCCAAGAAUGCCAUCUCUCGAACUCCUCCUCGAAUGAAUGAACCCUUUCCAGCCCCCCCAGAGGAUGAGCCUGUUACUGCAAAGGAAGCAGCAAAGCCUGACCAACCUGUGGAAGUCCAGACCCCGUUGCCAAAGCAAGAGCUUCCUGAGCCAAUUCAUAGGCCACCAAUUGCUUCAUCAACUCCUCUGCCCAGGGCAGAGCCAUCAGUUAUUCCUGCAGCCAGGAACGAGCCCAUUGGCCUGAAAGCCUCUGACUUCCUACCAGCUCUGAAAAACCAAAGCCAGACUGAGCUCGUAGAUGAAGAAAUCAUGUCCCAGAUCAGGAAAGGCCACAAGACUGUGUGCAUGGUGCUCACCAGCCGUCACAAGAAUCUGGACACUGUGCGGGCUGUAUGGAGCACCAGUGACUUCAAGAGCUCUGUGGACUCUGCUGUAGCAACCAACGACCUGUCUGUUGUUGUGGACCUCUUGAACAUUGUCAACCAGACAGCGUCUCUCUGGAAGUUGGAUUUAUGCACUGUCGUUCUGCCUCAGAUAGAAAAACUUCUCCAAAGUAAAUAUGAAAGUUAUGUGCAAACGGGCUGCACCUCCUUGAAACUCAUUCUGCAGAGAUUCCUGCCGCUGAUCACCGACAUACUUGCUGCACCACCUUCUGUAGGAGUGGACAUCACCAGAGAGGAGAGGCUCCAUAAAUGCAGGCUGUGCUAUGAGCAGCUGAAGAACAUCAGCAACAUUGUAAAGAACAAGUCCGGGCUCAGCGGCCGCCAUGGCAGUGCCUUCAGAGAACUGCAUCUCCUCAUGGCUGCGCUGGAGUGACUGCUGCCGCCUCCGCAAGUGCAAACACAGGUGGCCAAACUCCCCUCUGUGCUCAGGCUGGCUGGGUUGCACCUCUCUGCGUGUUCAUCCUUCCCCACGGCACAGCAGGGAACACAGCUCUGCCUGGCCAGCCGCCUGUCCAGAAGCAGUGCCUGGAGGGGCAGGUGGAAGACUGGAGCGGGGCGAUGCAGAAUCACAGAAUCACAAGGUUGGAAACGACCUGCAAGAUCAUCUAGUCCAACCACCCAGGGGAUGCGAGGGGACCUGGCUGCACAAAGUCCCUGCUGUGGAGCAGCUUCAUUUCAGCUCUUCACCUCACCAUCAAGCGCUGUGUCUGUGUGCUGACCUUGCCCUGAGUGGAGGGCUCCAGGCCUGCUGCCACUUCUCCUUCACCCACGUGUGCUGUUGGUUUUUUGCCACUUGGCUCUGGUGGCCAGAGCUGCUCCCUGUGCAGCACGCUGAGGACUGCAGCUUCUUCCCCACGGAAGCCUGCUGUGGGGAGAAGGGCUCUGUCCCUGCAGAAAGGGAAAUCCUUUCUGCAGGCAGGUGGGACCAGCCCCUUUAGCUUGCUGCAAAAAACAUCAGCCAGGACACUGUGCCGCUGCAUGUGGUGUGGUUACAAGGGCCAAUAAGACUGAGGGCAAGUUGUCCUCCGGCUUCUCUGCAUCCCUGCAAGUAACCCUGCGCCCCAGAAGAUGGAUUUGUGGUCUGCCUGGAUCUGUUAACAUACAUGACUUCACUGGGACAUGUCAUACACGUUUGCCUUUGGGGGUGGAGGAAUGGAGGGACAUGGACUGAUGUCUUUCUGCAUCCACUGGUAGGGAUGUUUUUUUCCCAAUAAAUGCCUGUCAGAACUUUCUGCCCCUCUUUCUUCUUUCCCGUGGGCAGAGAGGCUCCUGCUGGUGCUUCCCCUGCUCCUCCAGCUCUGUCUCCUGGUUUUGUACACUGGAGCCUGUUCUCUAGGAAACUGUAACUUAUAACGAAUUUUAUUAAAGCAUU